AUGGAGGAGGCCGAUGAGGAUGUCAAUCGCAAGAUUGUUAGUGCAGCACUGCAGCAUGAAAACUUCUGUUUUGCAGAGUAUGACACCGAAAUGAUCCAAUGUGCCCUGAAAGAAUGGGAGACCGGGAGACAUCUCAUGAUGGAGUUCAGUGGGAGCUCUUUCUUCAACAUAUACCAGAGCCAUUUGGAUUGGAUCAUUCAAUGGAGUGAGAGGCGACCCAAGGAGUGGUUGAACAUUUCAUCAUCACUUGGUAACGCUGCCUUCAAGUAUAUUGUAGACACCAAAGCAGAGCUGCCAGAAGUGUGCACGGGGGAGGGAAGGUGGUUCGGAUACUUAGAGACGACAAUUAGUUACAUCUCCUGUAUAUAG